AUGGAAGCUAAUGCCGUUCUUAAUCAAUAUCGCUCAUCGACUUCUCGCACUUUUGUUGGAACAUUCGAUUUAAUUCGUAAUAUAGCACAAGGUAAUGGAAUCAUGUCAUCAACAUUGUCUAAUUGGUACUUUCCAGUAUUAGAAGCAGAGUAUACGUUUACUCCAUUAUGGACUGAACCUCGAUCAUACGAUACCACAAAUUGUUCAUGUGGAACAAACGCUACGUGUAGUGAACCGGCAAUUAUAGACGGAUGGCAUGUGCCUGGAUUUCGUAUUGGAUGUUCUCCGUUUGAAGCACUUCUACAAUCGACACUUGAAUGUCUCUACAAUACGAUAUGUAUAGAAAGACUUCAGUCAAUAUAUCAAAUGUCUAAUAUCACUAUCCAAGCCCUUAAUUUGACACUCUCGAAUAGUAAUGCUACCGUCCAAUCCCUAAUCGAUAGGCUUAUGGUCGAUUGGUGGGAAACGAGUAUUUUCUAUGAUCGAUACUAUUCUGCAUGUGGGCCACUGUCGUGUACCUAUUCACGUUAUCGAAAAUUUAGUGUUGUUUUUAUUGUGAAUAUUGUUAUGGGAUUAUGCGGAGGACUAAAAGUUGCGCUUCGAAUUCUCGUUCCAAUUCCAGUUAAAAUAGGUCUUAAGGUAAUCCAACGCUAUCGUCAACGACGAACUGUUGGAUCAGCUGUCGCUACGAUCAAGUAA